AUGAAGCGUCGCCGGGUGUCCGCGGCAUUCGUCGAGCUAGACCCCGCAGAGCUGAUCCGGGCAAAGGAUGAAGAAACAAGCCUAUCUGAGCCCAGAGUGCUCGCCUCGUCUCGACAUCGGAUUCGCCGUUCUCCCAGGAUCGCAGGGGCAACGGCCGAAGUAAAGAUCACGUCGGGCAAAAAGUCAAGCAAAAGUGGACAAUGCAAGACCGACAGUGGUCAGCACCCGAGCUUUAAUACUCAUCAACCGGAUGAUUCGUCACACUUGACUGAUAUCGCGCCUAAGCCUCGUGACAUGGAGCACGCCAUGUCCACGACGAGCCACACCACUGAGACGUGCGGCGACACAUCAUUGGCGAUUAGCAAUCUGGUGGCUAAAGAGGAUAAGCGACCCCCAGCUGCAGAAUAUAAAUCGUUAUCGGAUUUGAAAUCACAGCCCCCACGGCGAACGAUGGUUACCCGUUCUAUCUCAGCAACCAGUAACCCACAGGAUGAUCCACCACAAACUAACCAAUCUGAGGUCGUUUCUACCACGAACUUGACCAGUGCUCCACCUCUGCUUGAAGCUCUAGCUAUAGAGCCAGAGUCUACUAGGCCGAGCAUGCAAGGACGUUUUUUCCCCUCCCGGCAAAGACGCUCUACUCGCAGGACUCGCACGUUGCGGACAAAAGCAGAUGUAGACUGCAAUGAGGCUAAUGAAGACUAUGUGGACAGGAGUGAAAAAUCAAUUUCUUCAGCCGAUUCCGAACAUGAAAAUCCACCAGUCCGAAAAGGCAAACGCCGACGAAGAGUCUCCAAGCCCCAGACGGCGUCGGCAACUCGCAGGACAUAUGCCAGCAGCAAAGCCAGGAAAUCCAAAGACUCCGGCCAUGCAAUCAAUCAGUUACCACUAACCGCCAACCCUAUGGGCAUUGGUCUCCAGGCUGAACCUCUGGAUCUCGGUACAGCGCGACGCUUAAUUGAAGUCGAAUCAAACCCUACAGACGUGACUGAUGGCACGGAUAUUCCUGACACCACUCUUCCUUUCAUUGAAAAGCAGCAGCCGGGUAGAAUCGAAAUAAUUACUAACCAGCAGACGCUUGUCAAUACACCAGGCUGCUCACCACCCGCCCUUGAUCAGGUCGUACCCGAUGCUGAUUCCGAAAGACCCGGCGAGCAACAGUCUUUGACGCGGGAUGCUCACGGAAGAGGGAUGGCAGUCGGGAAAAAACUGGCCGAUGCUUUUAAGGUAUCAAAGAGGGUUGCUUGCAAUCGCCAUUCUCACUCCUCUCGAAUGUCUGGAAUGGCCCCAAGCAGCCCAAAUUCACGCAGUACUACCGCUCCACAAAAGCCCUCCACUCGUAUCUCACGCGCUCAGCUUUUACUGGGAUCGAAAAUAGGAGAAGAGCAAGUGAAAAACACUUCUCCAAAUGCAUACGGGGGGCUGACGGGAUCUAAAACUUCCCGAUUGGUUUUAGACGCGGAGAUGCGUUCUGAGAAGACGGAGGCCCUUGAAGAUAUAGCCGACACGGCAAACCUCCGGCCACUCCAAACUCGAGAGCGUUCGAAGGCCAUGGAGUCAACAGGACAUGAAACCGGACGAGAUGGAGCAAUCGAAUGUGACGAGAUACCUGAAGAUGACCCGCAAUUGUGCCGUCUAUCAGAUUCUCCGGCUGACAAGCCUGAUAAGCCGCUCGAGGAUGAUCGCAAAGAACCAAAUCCCCUGAGCUUUGAAGGUGAGACAGUUGUCUCAUCACAGAUCUCGGUUGUAUCAGAAGAUCAACAUCUCAAGGCGUCAUUUCGCCCGGGCAGUAGAAAUGAACAGUCCCCGGACUCCCAGCAGCCAUUGCUAGCAGCUCGAUCUCGGACAUCCGUGCCGCCGUCUACACGACGAGGCUGCGCUGUUGACCACAAUGGAAGCCCCAGGCUGAAGCCCCAGGCAGCCACAAGCACCGGUCAGAUUCAAUCUCAUUUGGAAAUGGGCCGGAUCCGGUCUAUGGUUGGAAUAAGCGAUUCGAGCUCUAUCUACUCAUACUCGAGUUACGAGAGUCUUGAAGAGUACCUAAAUGAAUACCUACCCGAGCACCAGCCUGAGCACCAGCCUGUUGCCCGACCAAUCUGGAGCAAAUUCCAGCGUGACAUGUUUAAAGAAUAUGGCAUAGAAGCAGAAGACCUAAUCAAACAGAAGUCGAGGCCAUCCUUAUUUUCUGGAAAAGCCGAAAAUGAGGUCAACGCGAAAACUCUCGAGGACAGCCAAAAAUUGGAAAGUCGGCCAGUGGAAUUCCCGGCUCACAUGAACAGGACUAACCCCGGCGAAAAUUCACCCGGGAGACCGCGAAGUGGUUCACAGCGAACCAUCGAUAGCCCUGGUCAAUUGUCGGACCAAAGGAUAGAUGCAACAGCGCAAUGUGAUACUGAGAAUGUGGAAUGGAUCUCAGCCCUCAAGACUGCACAACAAACUGCACAUGACCGGUUACUUGAGACAAAUCAGCACUUGUCGACUCAAUUGGCCACUGAGCAAGAAAGCAUUCGGGAGGUGCUACAGAUCUAUCGGCAAGGGUGCAAUCUCAUGUUACAGGAACUCUUCCGAGCACAAGAAGUACGAAUGGAUCUUUACCAGAAGCAGAUGGCAUCGGUCAAGGAGCAGCACACAGAGAUCUGCCAGGAUCUAAUUCGGGGCUUGCAGGAACUGGACUGUCGGGUGCAGCAGAGAUCGGAGAGCCGAGGUGCUUGGCUACCCCGUAUUCCCUAG